AUCCACCUCCUCUCCCGCGUCCAUUUCGCCAUCCUUUCUCUCUCUCUCUUCUUCUUCGUUUCUCUCUUUCUCAUUUUCUGAAACUACAUUUUCUUUUUCUUUUCUUUUUUCAAUUUUCUUCAAUUUCUCUAUUUCUUUUAUGUUUCUCAUUUUAAUGGAUUAAUCCAAAGGGAUACUUCAAAUUUGAACCCGACCGAUCCAUUUUUCACACAGGUGGAUUUGGGUGUAAAUAAUUCAAAUGGAUAUUUUCUAGGUGUUCGAAGUAAUAAUGCAAUGAAAGAAGAAGAAGAAAAGAAGCUUGGUGAAACUUCAGUAAGGGGUUGCAGUACUCCUGAAGUAGCUUCUGUUGUGAAGGGCACGAUAGAAGCUGCUGUUUCUUUAGAAAAUUGAGAUAAAGGUGCUGCACAAUCUCAUGGUAAUCAGGUGGGAUCAAAUAGAUCCUUAAAUUCAGACAAUGAGAAAUACUCUUCUGGCGGGUUUGAGGAGUACUCUCAACAUCUAGCAAGCACGUGGGGGAUGGAGAAUGAUUAUUCCUCAACUUCUGAACUGCGGCAUGAUUCUGAUUACUCUUCUCUGGGUUCACCUAUAAAGCCUAAGCCAAAAGCUGAUAUGCCAACUGUAUCUUCUGAAUUAUUACAUUUAGUUGAUUCUGCCAUUAUGGGGAGGCCUGAAAGCUUGGAGAAGCUGAAGAAUAUUGUAAGUGAGGCUGAGUCUUUUCGAAGUAGGGAAGAUGUGGAUUGCAGUCCGUUUUUGGUUGUCGAUUCACUUAUUGCCACAAUGGGUGGAAUUGAAAGUUUUGAAGAGGAUGACGAAAACAGUCCUCCAAGUGUGAUGCUAAACUCUAGGGCUGCAGUUGUGGCAGGUGAGCUAAUUCCUUGGCUUCCAUGGGAAGGAGAUAGUGACAUUGUCAUGUCUGCCAGGACACGGAUGGUUAGAGGCUUGCUGGUUAUAUUAAGGGCCUGUGCGAGAAACAGGGCAAUGUGCUCUAUGGCUGGCUUAUUAGGAGUUCUUUUGAGGUCAGCUGAGAAUAUUUUUACUCAGGAUGUUGGCUCAAUAAAGCAGAUAAAAUGGGACGGAACUCCCUUAUGCUAUUGCAUCCAACAUUUGGCGGGGCAUUCGCUUAGUGUUAUUGAUUUGCACGGAUGGUUUCAGGUCAUGACAAGAACAAUUACUACCAUUUGGGCACCUCACUUAAUGCUUGCACUAGAGAAGGCAGUUUGUGGGAAAGAGUCUAGGGGACCAGCAUGUACUUUUGAAUUUUUUGGUGAAUGCUCUGGCUUACUAGCUUCUGGGGACAGCCGUUGGCCAUUUACCAAUGGAUAUGCCUUUUCAACAUGGAUCUAUAUUGAAUCAUUUGCAGAUUCAUUAAACACCGCUACUGCUGCAGCUGCCAUUGCUGCUGCUGCAGCAGCCGAGUCAGGAAAGUCAUCAGCAAUGUCUGCUGCUGCUGCUGCAAGUGCGCUUGCUGGUGAAGGCACAGCACUUAUGCCUCGUUUAUUUAGUUUCCUAUCAACUGAUAAUCAGGGAAUAGAGGCAUACUUUCAUGCACAGUUUUUAGUGGUUGAAAGUGGGAAUGGAAAAGGAAAAAAGGCUUCUGUACAUUUUACUCAUCCUUUCAAGCCACAGUGUUGGUAUUUUAUUGGAUUGGAGCAUGUAUGCAGGCAGGGACUUAUUGGUAAAGCAGAGAAUGAAUUGAGAUUAUAUAUCGAUGGAUCCUUGUAUGAAAGUCGUCCUUUCGAGUUUCCUCGCAUCUCUAAGCCACUUGCAUUUUGUUGCAUUGGAACAAGCCCCCCUCCUACAACGGCUAGCUUACAGAACAGUCAACCUCAAUGCCCUUUAUUUGCUGAAAUGGGCCCAGUAUACAUCUUUAAGGAACCAAUUGGGCCAGAAAGAAUGGCACGUAUGGCUUCUAGGGGAGGGGAUAUGCUACCUUCUUUUGGUAAUGGUGCAGGGCUUCCUUGGCUAGCCACAAACGAUCAUGUGCAAAGAAUGGCAGAGGAAAGUUCUCUAUUAGAUGCUGAGAUUGGAAGUUGCCUAUAUGUACUCUACCAUCCCUGUCUUCUUAGUGGGCGAUUCUGCCCAGAUGCUUCUCCUUCUGGUGCUGCAGGUAUAGCGCGCAGGCCUGCUGAGGUUAUUGGACAAGUCCAUAUUGCAACGCGGAUGAGAGCUGUGGAGGCUAUCUGGGCAUUAGCUUAUGGAGGUCCCAUGUCUUUACUUCCUCUGGCGAUCAGCAAUGUGCAUCAAGAUAGCUUGGAACCAGAAAAGGGUAGCCCUCCAUUGUCUUUGGCUACAGCUUCCCUUGCAGCACCAAUUUUCAGAAUUAUUUCAGUUGCCAUUAAUCACCCUGGAAACAAUGAAGAGAUAUAUCGUAGAAAGGGACCUGAGAUUCUGUCUAGAAUCUUAAACUAUCUCUUACAAACUUUGUCUUCUCUUGGUGCUGGAAAGGAUGAUGGGGCGAGAGAUGAGGAGCUUGUUGCUUCUGUUGUUUCCAUUUGCCUAUUUCAAAAGCAUAAUUACGCUCUUAAAGUGCAGCUCUUCAGUACACUGCUUUUGGAUCUUAAAAUUUGGCGUUUGUGUAGCUAUGGGCUCCAAAAGAAACUCCUCUCAUCACUUGCAGAUAUGGUCUUCACAGAGUCAUCAGUCAUGCGAGAUGCCAAUGCUAUGCAAAUGCUUCUUGAUGGAUGCAGAAGGUGCUAUUGGACAAUCCGUGAAAAGGACUCCCUAGAUUCUGUUUCCCUAAAUGGUGAUAUGCGCCCAAUGGGUGAAGUGAAUGCUUUGGUUGAUGAGCUCUUAGUUGUCAUUGAACUUCUAAUAGGAGCAGCACCACCUUCAAUGGCCGCAGAUGACGUCUGUUGUUUACUUGGAUUCAUGGUUGAUUGCCCACAAUCCAAUCAGGUUGCUAGGGUGCUACAUUUGAUCCACAGGCUAGUGGUACAACCAAAUGCAACCAGAGCUCAAACAUUUGCAGAGGCAUUCAUUGGUUCUGGUGGCAUAGAAACACUCCUUGUCCUCCUGCAACGAGAAGCUAAAGCUGGUGAUCACCACAUUCCUGAAACUAACACUAAGGCUGAUGAAAGUUCAUCUGUUCAAAGAUCUGAACCAGGAGAUAGUGGUGGUGGGGUUCCAGGACAAAGUCAGAAUGAAGGAUCUCUGAAGGAGAGAGAUCAAACUUCUGAAAAGAAAGAUUUUGAAUCUCAACCCCUUGGUUGUGGGGUCUUUUCUCCUAGUACGAAAGUGGAAAGGAUUUCAUCUGUUUCUGAAAAUACUUUUAUGAAGAAUUUGGGUGGAAUAAGUCUUUCAAUUAGUGCUGAUAAUGCAAGGAAUAACGUUUACAAUUUCGACAAAAAUGAUGGAAUUGUUGUUGGGAUCAUUGGGCUGUUAGGUGCUUUAGUAGCACGUGGGCAUCUGAAAUUUGGUUCACCUGUGUCUUCAGAGAUGACAAGCAGCCUUUUUGGUGCUGAAUUAAAUGAUGCAGGUGGUGGUAUGUUUGAAGAUAAAGUUUCUCUUCUGCUUUUUGCUUUGCAGAAGGCUUUGCAGGCUGCUCCUAAUAGGCUUAUGACGACCAAUGUGUACAUGGCUUUAUUGGGGGCUUCGAUCAAUGCUUCUUCGACAGAGGAUGGGUUGAACCUAUAUGAUUCUAGUAAUCAUUUUGAACAUUUGCAACUUUUGUUGGUUUUGUUGCGUGUGCUGCCACAUGCACCUAGAGCUUUCCAAAGCCGCGCACUACAGGAUCUUCUGUUUUUGGCUUGCAGUCAUCCAGAAAAUAGAAGCAGGCUAACAAAAAUGGAGGAAUGGCCUGAGUGGAUACUAGAGGUUCAUAUCUCUAACUAUGAGUGUUUCCAGAUGGAUGCAAGAAAACAGUCUUGUUCAGUAAACUUAGGAGACAUAGAGGACCUCAUACACAAUUUCCUGAUCAUCAUGUUGGAGCAUUCAAUGCGCCAGAAGGAUGGAUGGAAGGAUAUUGAAGCUACGAUUCAUUGUGCAGAAUGGCUCUCUAUCGUGGGUGGAUCUAGCACGAGGGAUAAGAGAAUUAGGCGUGAAGAAUCUUUGCCAAUAUUCAAGAGAAGGCUAUUGGGCGGCUUGAUGGAUUUUGCUACCAGAGAACUGCAGGCUCAGACUCAACUUAUUGCUGCUGCUUCUGCUGGGGUCGCAGCAGAAGGUUUGUCCGCAAAGGAUGCUAAGUUGGAAGCACAGAAUGCUGCUCAGCUUUCAGUGUUUUUGGUAGAGAACGCAAUUGUAAUUUUAAUGCUUAUUGAAGAUCAUUUUCGGUUACAAAGUAAAAUUUCUAAUGCCUCACGGAAAGUUGAUGGUAAUGCAUCUCCAGUUCAUAUCGCGUCUUCCUUAAAUAACCACUCAAAUUCAACAGUAUCAAUCAGUAGAGAAUCAUCUGAAGCUGAGGAUGAUGAUAUAUCUGUAGAUUCUGGCGGGCUCCCUUUUGAUAUUUCUGCAACAGCAAUGGAACGGCUUACUGCAGCAGCUGCUGCUGAGCCUUAUGACUCUGUGUCCGCUGCUUUUGUGUCAUACGGUAGUUGUGCUACGGAUAUAGCGGAGGGUUGGAAAUACAGGAGUCGUUUAUGGUAUGGUCUUGGCCUAUCUGAAAAAGAAGUUGGCAUUGGUGGUGGUGGCAGUGGCUGGGAGUUGUGGAAUGCUGCUUUGAAAAAGGAUGCCAACGGAAACUGGAUUGAACUUUCCCUAGUGAAGAAGUCUGUAAACAUGCUCCAAGCUUUAUUGUUGGAUGAUUCUGGGCUUGGUGAUUGUCUUGGUAUGGGUGGUGGAUCAGGUACUGGGAUGGGAGGAAUGGCAGCACUUUACCAGUUGCUGGACAGUGACCAACCAUUUUUAUGCAUGCUUCGCAUGGUACUUCUUUCAAUGAGGGAAGAAGAUACUGGACAAGACAACAUGCUCACAAGGAACGUAGGCAUAGAAGAUGGAAUGUCGGAAGGAGUAAAUCACCAAGGAGGUAACAACAUGUCUUUAGAUGACAGUGCUCAAAUCGCUGUUGGAAAACCAUGGUCCUCUUUAGUGUGGAGUGUGCUUUCCCCUAUUUUGAACAUGCCAAUCUCCGACUCCAAAAGACAAAGAGUUUUGGUAGCAUCCUCUGUCCUCUAUUCUGAGGUAUGGCAUGCUGUUGGGAGGGACAGAAAGCCACUUCGUAAACAGUAUCUUGAGGCCAUUGUACCACCUUUUGUUGCUGUUUUGAGGAGGUGGCGACCAGUUUUGGCAGGAAUUCAUGAUCUUGCUACUCCUGAUGGUUUGAAUCCUCUUACUGUUGAUAAUCGCAUAUUGGCUGCUGAUGCACCACCAUUAGAGGCAGCCCUUGCAAUGGUCUCCCCAGCUUGGGCUGCUGCUUUUGCAUCACCACCAGCUGCUAUGGGAUUGGCAAUGAUUGCUGCUGGUGCUAGUGGAGCAGAAACUCCUGCUCCUCCAACAACAGCACAUCUUAAACGUGACUCCUCCAUGCUUGAGCGCAAAACAGCUAAGCUGACCACUUUUUCUAGUUUUCAGAAACCUCUGGAGGUUCCUACCAAAACACCAUCUCACCCAAAAGACAAGGCAGCAGCAAAGGCUGCUGCCUUGGCAGCUGCACGUGAUCUUGAACGCAAUGCAAAGAUUGGUUCUGGAAGAGGUCUCAGUGCUGUUGCAAUGGCUACUUCUGCACAGCGGAGGAAUGCUAGUGAUAUGGAGCGGGUGAAAAGAUGGAAUGAUUCUGAAGCCAUGGGAGUUGCUUGGAUGGAAUGUCUGCAACCAUUUGAUACAAAAUCAGUCUAUGGGAAAGAUUUUAAUGCUUUAUCCUAUAAAUUUAUUGCAGUCCUUGUUGCAAGUUUUGCUUUAGCAAGAAACAUUCAUCGAUCAGAGACUGAUAGGCGUGGACAAGUUGAUCUAGUUGCACAAUAUAGGUUAUUCACUGGGAUACGUGCUUGGCGCAAACUUAUUCAUUACUUGAUAGAGAUGAAGUGUCUCUUUGGCCCAUUAGGGGACCAAUUUUCAAGCCAGGCACAUAUUUUCUGGAAGCUAGAGUUUACGGAAAGCUCUUCAAGAAUGAGACCAUGUUUGAGAAGGAAUUACAUAGGGACUGAUCAUAUUGGUGCUACUUCUAGUUUUGAGGAUCAAAAUGAUGUGAAAAAGAAUCAAGAGAAUGUCAUAAGCUCAAGUAAUGCCGCUAUUAUAGCAGCUGAAGCAAUUUCAAUGGAGUUAGUGAAUGAAGAUGAACAGCCAGAAAUUGAUAAUUUAGAUAACGGAACCUAUAAAAACGGCCAAAAUGGGGAAGAUCCACCAAGGCUGUCUAGAAUAACUGAGCAACCCUUGCAGAAAUCAAUAGAAUCUGCUUAUACUAAACUUGCCAGUGUGCAAGACUUAGUCCAAAGUUCAUCAGCAAUAGCUCCUGGGUAUGUUCCUAGUGAACAUGAUGAUAGAAUUGUGUUUGAACUUCCUUCUUCUAUGGUUCAGCAACUGAAGGUUAUGCAAGGAACCUUUCAAGUAACCACAACGAGAAUAAAUUUUAUAGUUGAUAACACUGAAAGCAGCAUAGGGCCUGAUGGUUCAGAAGGAAACUCUGAAGUAAGAAAUAAUAAAAAAGAUCGUUGUUGGCUGAUGACUUCUCUUCAUCAAAUAUAUAGCAGAAGGUAUCUCCUAAGAAGAAGUGCUCUGGAGCUGUUUCUGAUUGACCGUUCUAAUUUCUUCUUUGAUUUUGGGAGUUCUGACGACCGAAGAAAUGCCUACCGAGCUAUUGUUCAAGCACGACCCCCUCAUUUGAACAACAGUUAUCUUGCAACUCAGAGACCUGAACAACUCCUGAAAAAAACUCAGUUAAUGGAGCGCUGGGCUAGGUGGGAGAUCAGCAAUUUUGAAUAUUUAAUGCGGCUAAAUACACUGGCUGGGCGUACCUAUAAUGACAUUACUCAGUAUCCAGUAUUCCCGUGGAUUCUUUCUGACUACAAUUCAAAGAGUUUGGAUCUUGCUGAUCCUUCAGCAUUCCGUGAUCUUUCAAAGCCUAUUGGGGCACUAAAUCCAGACAGGCUUAAGAAAUUCCAAGAGAGAUAUGCCAGCUUCGAUGAUUCAGUCAUCCCCAAGUUCCAUUAUAGCUCACAUUAUUCAAGUGCUGGAACAGUGCUAUAUUACCUUGUUAGAGUUGAGCCAUUUACAUCUCUUUCAAUUCAGAUGCAAGGUAGAAAUUUUGGUCAGGCAGACCGUGUGUUUUCAGAUGUUGCUGCUACUUGGAAAGGAGUCCUUGAGGACAUGAGUGACGUGAAGGAAUUGGUUCCUGAGCUGUUUUACCUACCUGAGAUGUUAACCAAUGAAAAAUCAAUUGGCUUUGGAACAACACAAUCAGGAGGAAAGCUUGGUUCGGUCAAACUUCCACCUUGGGCUGAAAACCCUGUUGAUUUCAUUCGUAAACAUCGAAUGGCUCUUGAAAGUGAGCAUGUGUCUGCACAUUUGCAUGAAUGGGUUGACCUUAUAUUUGGGUAUAAGCAACGGGGUAAAGAAGCUAUAUCGGCAAAUAACACAUUCUCUUAUAUUACAUAUGAAGGGACAGUUAAUAUUGACAAGAUCUCUGAUCCAGUAAAACAGCAUGCCAUACAAGACCAGAUAGCUUAUUUUGGACAAACUCCAUCCCAGCUUCUUACUGUUCCUCACAUGAAGAAGAUGCCACUUUCAAAGGCUCUCCAUUUGCAGACAAUCUUUCGAAACCCAAAAGAAGUCAAACCAUAUGCUGUCCUGGUCCCUGAACGGUGCAAUUUGCCUGCAGCUGCUAUUCAUGCAUCUGAAGAUGCUGUCAUAAUAGUUGAUAGAAAUGUGCCAGCAGCUCGUAUUGCACGACAUAAGUGGCAACCAAACACUCCUGAUGAUCAGGGAAAACCAUUUGUAUUUCAGCAUGGACAGGCAACGGCAAGCUCUGCUAGUGGAGCACUUACAAGAAUGUUCAAAGCACCAGGAGGCUCAGGUUCUGAUGAGUGUCAGUUUCCCCAGGCACUGGCAUUUGCUUCAUCUGGGAUCAGAAGCUCGUCUAUUGUUUCCAUCACGUGUGAUAAAGAAAUUAUCACAGGCGGACAUGCAGAUAACAGUAUCAAGAUUUUGUCACCUGAUGGAGCAAAUACACUAGAAACGGCUUUUGGACACUGUGCUCCUGUCACUUGCCUUUCUCUAUCACCAGAUAGCAACUAUCUCGUGACAGGAUCACGGGACUCUACCGUAUUACUUUGGAGGAUAUAUAGGGCAAGUACAUCCGGCUCAAAUAGCACACCUGAGCCACCUGCUUCCCCUCGCAGACCACCCUCACCUGCUAGAGCUAAUUUAGCUAAAAUCAUAGCAGAUAAAAGCAGGCAACAUUGGAUAGAAGGUCCCAUACAUGUCCUUCGAGGUCACCACAAGGAAAUUCUUUGUUGCUGUGUCAGUACGGAUCUAGGUUUGGUUGUUUCAUGUGGCCUUUCAUCAGAUGUUCUUUUGCAUUCUAUAAGAAGGGGUCGCUUGAUUAGACGGCUUGCUGGUGUGGAAGCUGAUGCUGUCUGCCUUUCAUCCGAGGGAAUCAUUUUAACAUGGAACCAAUCAAAACGAACUCUCAGCACAUUCACUCUCAAUGGAGUUCUGGUUGCAAGAGCACAACUUCCUUCCUUGGGUGGUGUUGGCUGCAUGGAAAUUUCCAUGGAUGGUAAGAGUGCUUUAAUUGGAAUGAACUCAACUUUGCGCAAUAACAGCCGGGACUCGAGUUUGAAGAAAGCCGUAGUUGAUGAUUCGGCUCUUGAGUCAGAAGAGAACAAAAGCAACAAAUUGGAUAUACCGUCACCUUCCAUUUGCUUUUUGGAUCUGCAUACUCUCAAGGUGUUCCAUGUCUUGAAACUUAAAGAAGGUCAGGAUAUUACAGCUCUUGCUUUGAACGAGGAUAACACAAAUCUUCUAGUGUCAACUGCAGAUAAGCAGUUGAUCGUUUUCACAGAUCCGGCCUUGAGCAAGAAAAGUGGUGGAUCAGCUGCUUAAGCAUAGUUUAGGAAGGUGAAGGGCUCAGCCCUGUUAUAAAUGUCGUGGUCUUCUAUGCAGCCCUUGAGUUCUUCGAUUGGCUAAAGAAUGAGUAUAGAAGAUGCACUAUUGAUGCCACCAGGAUCGAUUGUGUAAAGAAGAAAUCAAGCGAAUAACAAACACGACUUAACCGCGCCAGCUGCUCUUCGUGUAUAUAAAAUAUAGUGAAACAACCCUAGAAUGAUAUGAUUAACAAACAACUGGGUUCUAUGACUUGAACAUGAGUAUCAGAUACGGGUAAGUUCAAAGAAUUUCUUUAAACCUUUUGUUUUUUUUUUUUUUUUGAUGUAUUUGGAUGGUUAUAUCUCAUACCCCAUGUGCCAAAUCCAUAAGCUACUCCGAGGCUUGUUGAGAUCUUCAGCAUUGUUUAUUUGUUAUAUUAAACUAUGAGAAUGAGAAAACGAAAGCAGAUCAUCUUCUGUUGUAUUCA